UUCUUUGUAUUCUUUCAAGAUUUCACUUUCUUCACAAAUCCAAGGGUGAAAUAAAAUGGCUUUUAAACACACACAUCUAUUCCUUACACUACUAGUGAUUGCUUCUACGUUUGCUAUGGGAUUGAGCAAUAGGGACUUCGAAAAGAGUUCUAAAAACUGGAACUUCUGGUUUAAUUAUACAAAUUGGCCACCAAGACAUCCGAAUCCUACUCCAAGUUCGAGAAAGAUCAUUGUUGGAGGUUCUGAUAAUUGGCGUUUUGGCUUUAACUACACCGAAUGGGCAAUGAAGAGUUCCCCAUUCUUCUUUAAUGAUACUCUAGUGUUCAAGUUUGAUCCACCAAGUGAAAACAAUCAGCAUCCACACAGUGUCUAUUUGCUACCAAAUCUUUGGAGCUUUUUAACAUGUGAUCUGAGAUGGGCUAAACAAGUGGCAAAAACAACAGACGGUCGAGGGGAGGGAUUCGAGUUCGUGCUUAACAAGUGGAGGCCGUACUACUUUGCUUGUGGGGAAAGCAAUGGCUUCCACUGUCGGUCUGGGAUGAAAUUUUUCGCAAUGCCGUUGUUUCCUUGGUACUAAAUGUCCCAGUUUAUAUUGUUCGAAGGUCUUCAAUUAGUUGAUCCCUUGUUUUACACAUUAUUACUAUUCCAAGCUCAAGGUUUAUAAGUACGCUUAAUAAGUGAGUCACACAUUAAUAUAUGCUGUUUGUAUCAAUUUAUUUGAGCGAUUAAUACGAAGU